AGGCUGCUUUUACUAUGACCGAUGAAGUUCGUACCGUACCGUAUCAUAAUCGAUUCUAUCGCUUUUGGAAAUCCAAUUCCUACAGUACACAAGCAACAAGAGCAGCAUCAAGCCAGCUGAUGUUGGCCGAAUGAAGCAACUGCAAGUACUCCAAAGCAACGAAACUAAUCCCAGUAUUCUAGAAGCACUCGUAGCACAGGAAGAAGAUAUCUCUUAUUCAAUGUCCGCUGCACAAUUUUCGUCUCCGACGAGCCGGGGCAGCUCGAUCGCAAUGAAUACGAAACCGACAACUAGUUCAAAAAGCAAUGUAUCAUACGAACUGUUUGCGCCACGAGCGACGGCUCAAGUUUCUAGAUUGUCUAGGAUUGCUGCGCUGACUGCUGGCCAGACAGCGCUGGGGUCCGCGAAAUCCAAAAACAACCAACCUUCUGCUGUGGAUUCCGACGAAGCAACCAUUCUAAAAGCUAUGUCUCCGCCCUGCGCGUCUUCUGACUCAAUUUCCCUAUCAAAAGAAAACGAAAGUUCAACCGUGAAAACUGCGUUGAAGGAAGCAACUGAAAGUUCUGACCACUUAACGCGUCUUCUUAAACACACAACUUCUCUUCGCCUGGCACUCAGAGCCUCGAUCAACAUUGCUGAAGACAUCUCGAAUCGACACGCAGAUCUAAUUAGGCACUCGGGAGAGCUCUCCGCAGCGGCAGAUCGUCUGCAGGGCGAACAAGAAAUGUUGUGUCGUCACGCAGAGGAAAUCGGUAUGCCGCUCAAACAUUACGAUGCCGUGGAUAAUAUUGGAAUCUUGGUGGGAGUGCUAUUCAAGGGGAGAACAGUUGUGCGUGGACUUGCUAAAAUUAAGGUUGACAAUGAUGACUUCCCUUCUAUAUUGGAUCAAAUCGACGAUGCUGUGGAAUUUUUUGCGAGGGAAAGCGGAGGAAGAGAAGCUCUGGAUGCAGAAUUGAAACGCCAACGCAGGUCGAGCGCGAAGGAACAGUUUGAAACUAGUGGAAGCAUUGAAUACUACCGCAGAUCUCUGGCAUUACAAGAGGCUGCUCUUUUUUUAAUCCGUGAAGCUGUGGUCGAUCGUAUUUCCAACACGACAGCGCAAGUUGCCAGUGGGCUGGACAUUCCGAAAACACCAAUCGCUGCCGACAAACUAGAGGCGUCUCUUGUUUACACUAGAUUCCAUGGUAUCUCGUCACGAAGUAACCGUCUCUUGACCUUGGUUAAAAAGCGCUUGCAUUGUGGAGAAGCGUAUCACGAGCUUUUGCAAUUGUGUCGAACUACGUACUGCAACUCGCGUGAGUCUUUGCUUAAAACGACAAUUAGAGCCCACAUGGACAAACUCAAAGAUCAGCAUGGCCUUGUUGGCAUGACACGGCUUGCUAGUGUCUUUCUUAUUCGUUUGUGUACGGUUGAGACUGCUUUAUAUCUUGACUUCUUCGGUGAAGAAAAAGUAUCGGAGGAGGGCAAAGAUCCAGACGACAGCGACGAAAUCAAAACCAAACAGCCGAACCAGAGCAAGAGAGCCAUGGCGUUGCCAUCGCGUACAGCAAAAGAAGAUGCAACUUACUACGAUCGAGAAUUUCAAGCAUACUUGGCAUCCUUGACCUCGGCACUCCACCGGACAAUCCGCCGCGGUCUCGUUACACUUUUGGAUCUGGAUACUCUUUGCCAAAUUGUCAGCGUGCUUCGAGAGGAACGGUCUAUGGCCAGCUCUUCUCCGACCACACUUGCUGCUGCUAGAUCCAUUUCUAGUGUUAUCGAAGACGCGCAAGAACGUCUUAUUUUCUGUGCAACCAACACGCUAACAAAGGAAGUCAUACGUUUUAAAGCCUCGCCUAGUGAUUUAGACUACCCAAACAAGCUGACGAAGAAUACAAAACAAUCACAAGAAGGAGGUGAAGACGAUGCAAUUAAAAAACAACUCCAAGUCUACGAAUCAUGGUUUCCUCCGAUGAGAAGUGUUUUGAGGAUUUUAUCGAAAAUAUUUCGAGUUGUCGAACCGAAAGUCUUUGAAGACAUCGCUUUGCAAUCAGUUCAAUCUUGUACACGAUCUUUGAGAGAUGGUGCGAAGUAUAUCGAGAAGCGAAGUGGGACGAUCCACGCUGACUUGUUUAAAGUAAAACAUUUACUGGUACGUGUUAUCCACUAUUCCAUUCUAUUUGAAACAGCGACAUAUUUGAUAUCUUACACAUUUCUUGAUUUGUUCGAAGAUCCUACGCGAGCAGCUGUCGCCGUUUGAUAUUGACUUGCGUUCUGUGGAACGACAGCUUGACUUCAGUGAUGCCGGUCGCGCUGUUUCUCGAUUUCUAGCAAAUCGAAAUAGACGACUCUUUUCCAUGAGUGCAGAAAACGCAUUGGUUACUUUGUUACGAGAGGGUGUUUCCGUCAACGAGGAGUCCGUGGAUUCAAAACGUGACCUCGAGGAGGGACUUCGAAAUGCAUGCAACGACUUCAUUGACCACACGUGCGAUUCUGUGGCAGAGGAUGUGAUGAAAUUAGUUGCUCAAUUGAAUAGUGCAACACCAGAGAGUCUCAAAGGCGCUUCAUUUUUCGAGGCCAGCAAAGUGAGAGAUAUUCUCUCCAAGACUCAAGAAAAUUUCGAGCCAAAAGCGAAGGACAUUCGAAAUAAAAUGAACCUUUAUCUGGAAAACCCUACAACGCAAAGCAUUCUUUUGAAGCCGGUGUCAAAGAAGAUUUCGAAAGGAUUGGAAGAGAUUAGAAAAACAGCCUAUGGGAUGGCGAAUGACACUGGUGGUUGGGAUGAAAAUGUCCGUGCAGAGAUUCUUGGUAUGAUCGAUGAUCUGGAGCGGGUUGUGAAGCGGAUCGGAAGAGCGGCAAAGUAAAUGUGAUUCGCAGGUCUCUACUACACGUAACAUGAAGGCCUCAGAUAUAAAAUAUCGUUUUUCGA